AUGGUUAUCCAUGUGACCAACAACAUGAUCCACGAAUCGUUGACCAUUCAUUGGCAUGGACAGUUCCAGCGCAACACCCCUUUCAUGGACGGCGUUCCCAUGAUCACUCAAUGUCCCAUACAUAGUGGCCAAACAUUUACCUACAGGUUCAAGGCAGACCCGGCAGGAACAUUUUGGUACCACAGUCACACUCCCGGUUCACGAUCAGACGGCGUUUUGGGUGCCCUUAUCAUCCACGAGGACAGCAGACCUCAUGGUGAGAAGUAUGGCGCCAAGCAUGCUCCAUCUAUCGGCGAGGUUUCAAAUAACGACCAACACGUAAUUAUUCUACAGGACUGGCAACACGAGGAGUUUGACAAUCUUUUCUUGCAACAUUUUGGUAACGGAUGGUUUUGGCCAAACAAUCCAAUUUUUCCGGAACCAAGCGAUCGACAUAAUUUCAGUUUAGGUCCAGAUGGCGUUGCUGCUGUUGCAGUUCCUUACGUUUCGGCCCUUAUUAACGGUAGGGGACGCUUUGAAAACCGCCUUUGGCACCAAGACAGGCCUGUAGAAAAUAACGUUCCUUACGCCAGGUUCUACGUGGAUCCUACUGCCCCUGAUAACCGGUACAGAUUCCGUAUCGUAGGAGGGCAGAUGGCGUUUCCAUUGAGGGUCUCUGUCGACGCCCAUUUGGUGACAGUGAUAGCCACAGAUGGAUUUGACAUUGAACCCAUCCACAACGUGGAAAGUGUUUUGGUUACCCCGGGAGAACGGUAUGAUGUCGUAAUCACAGCUAACAAUCCGCUGAGAAGAAAGGCAUAUUACAUCCGCGCGUCACCCGAUCUCAGCGAUGCUGGCUAUGCAACCGAUCAACCAUUUCAAGAGGUUAAAGCAUUGCUGAUAUAUGGACGAGAAUCGGAAUCGUAUGUAGAACCGCCUACAGGCGUGCUUGAUGUCCCACGUCCAUGUAAAACCCACCCGACCUACAAAUGCAGAAUUGUUAAUUGCCCUUAUGCUUUUUUACCUCCUACUUACAACGCCCAGUGCAUUCAUGUUGAUCAGCUCAUAAGGAAAGUCGAAGAUGUCCCUGUCCCUGGACUGACGGCACUACCAGCGUCUAACAAUUUCUGGUUCAACACGGCGUUCCUGCGUGCAGGUCCGAGCAUAAGUGGCAUUGCAUUUGAACCUCCAUCCUCCCCGCCUCUUUCGCAGAGAGAUCUCUUGCCUAAUUCAGUAACACCCUGUCCAGCCUCCUGUCGGUCUGCCACUAGCCUUCAGGGCUGUCGGUGCACCAAUAUUCUUACCCUGGAUUACAACAAACCCUACCAGUUAAUUUUCACCAAUGUCGGCGCGGGCGGAGCAAACGAGGGCUCUCCUCAUCCCAUUCACGUUCACGGUCAUAGUUUCCACGUGCUCAAGGUGGCCUUUGGCGAGUUACAGAGCAAUGGGUUGUACCGCAGAGCAAACUCGGAUCUCUGCUGCCCAUGUCCGGACGAUGAACAAGUGUGCUGCACGGAAGUAGACGAUGGGUAUAAGGGCUCUCCUCAUCCCAUUCACGUUCACGGUCAUAGCUUCCACGUGCUCAAGGUGGCCUUUGGCGAGUUACAGAGCAAUGGGUUGUACCGCAGAGCAAACUCGGAUCUCUGCUGCCCAUGUCCGGACGAUGAACGAGUGUGUUGCACGGAAGUAGACGAUGGCAAUCGACAUCUCACAACUUCUACAAAUGGGACUGUACCAUGUCACAGUCCUCGUUUUGUAAACGACGAGUGGAACAGAGACCCGAACAAGAUCUCCGAACUCAACAGAGAGAACCCUGUACGUAAAGAUACCAUAAUAGUUCCGCCAGGGGGUUACACGGUCAUCCGCAUCACAUCUGAUAACCCGGGUUGGUGGUUCGUCCACUGUCACGUCGAGUUGCAUUCUGUGGCCGGUAUGGCCUUCGUCAUUAACGAAGCACCAGAGAGACAGCCGCUCCUGAUCAAACCACCAGGGUUUCCACAAUGUGGCGAUUUCACGUGGACGUCACAGGAUUUCCACCGGGCAGUCAACGCCUUUGUCACUCCGGAGGUUUCUCUACGUGCUCGUCGUUUUGGUCGACCAAACUAUCAUUACGUUUACUAA